GGGAGGAGAGAGAGGGAGAGGGAGAGCGUGAGCGCGCGCAAGCUAGCGAGCAAAGCAGAGAGACGAGAGGGACCAGGAGAGAGACCCAGAGAAAGAGAAGAGGAAGCCGAGCUCUGUGAGGACUCAAUCUCCAACUUGUUUCAAUACAUUCAUCCUUCUCUUCUCUCCGCUUCGGGGAAGUGACUGUGGCGCUUGAUCUCACAGGUCUCUCCAAGUUGUUGCCUAAGAAGAUGAUAGUCACACAAAUGAGUCACUUCUACACAAUCAUCCUUGGGCUUCUUUUCCUGAUUAAUAUUUUUCCUGGAACAACUGGCCAAGGGGAAUCAAGACGACAAGAACCUGGGGAUUUUGUGAAGCAGGAUAUUGGCGGACUCUCUCCUAAGCAUGCCCCAGAUAUUCCUGAUGACAGCACUGACAACAUCACUAUAUUCACCAGAAUCUUAGAUCGUCUUCUGGAUGGCUAUGACAACCGACUACGACCUGGGCUUGGAGAUGCGGUGACUGAAGUGAAGACUGAUAUCUAUGUGACCAGUUUUGGCCCCGUGUCAGACACUGACAUGGAGUACACCAUUGAUGUAUUUUUUCGACAGACAUGGCAUGAUGAAAGACUAAAAUUUGAUGGACCCAUGAAGAUUCUUCCACUGAACAAUCUCCUGGCUAGUAAGAUCUGGACCCCUGACACCUUCUUUCAUAAUGGCAAGAAAUCAGUAGCCCAUAACAUGACCACACCUAACAAGCUGCUCAGACUGGUGGACAAUGGAACCCUCCUCUACACAAUGAGGUUAACAAUUCAUGCUGAGUGCCCCAUGCAUUUGGAAGAUUUUCCUAUGGAUGUACAUGCCUGCCCACUGAAGUUUGGAAGCUAUGCCUAUACAACAGCUGAAGUGGUUUAUUCCUGGACUCUUGGGAAGAACAAAUCUGUGGAAGUAGCGCAGGACGGCUCCCGCCUGAAUCAGUAUGACCUGCUGGGCCAUGUUGUUGGGACAGAGAUAAUCCGGUCUAGUACAGGAGAAUAUGUCGUCAUGACAACCCACUUUCAUCUCAAACGAAAAAUUGGCUACUUUGUGAUCCAGACUUACUUGCCAUGUAUCAUGACUGUCAUUCUGUCACAAGUGUCUUUCUGGCUCAACAGAGAAUCUGUCCCUGCCCGCACGGUCUUUGGUGUCACCACUGUUCUCACCAUGACCACUUUGAGUAUCAGUGCCAGAAACUCCUUACCUAAAGUGGCAUACGCGACGGCCAUGGAUUGGUUCAUAGCCGUCUGUUAUGCCUUUGUAUUUUCUGCGCUGAUUGAAUUUGCCACUGUUAACUACUUCACCAAGCGGAGUUGGGCUUGGGAAGGCAAGAAGGUGCCGGAGGCCCUGGAGAUGAAGAAGAAAACACCAGCAGCCCCAACAAAGAAAACCAGCACCACCUUCAACAUCGUGGGAACCACCUAUCCCAUCAAUCUGGCCAAGGACACUGAGUUCUCUACCAUCUCCAAGGGCGCUGCUCCCAGUGCCUCCUCAACCCCAACAAUUAUUGCUUCACCCAAGACCACCUACGUGCAGGACAUCCCGACUGAGACCAAGACCUACAACAGUGUCAGCAAGGUUGACAAAAUUUCCCGCAUCAUCUUUCCUGUGCUUUUUGCCAUUUUUAAUCUGGUCUACUGGGCCACCUAUGUCAACCGGGAGUCAGCUAUCAAGGGCAUGAUCCGCAAACACUAGAUAGUGGUGAUGCAGCAACCAGAGCACUGUAUACCUUAGGAAGCAUCCAGGCACCCAAACCCCAGGGGUCCCCUUUCUGUGUUUCAGGAUUCUUCUUUUUAACUAUCAAGUUGUGACUCUCAAUUCAUAUUUAUGAAUCUCAAUGAAAAAAUAAUAACAAAAAUUACUUGUCCCUCUGACAUUGCUGAGUAUACCCUCAUCAGAGCCAAACACUGCCAUUUGUUCAGUUGCUCAUCUUAGCCUGCCAGUCUCCCCCAGCUGAGGGCACUGCAUGUAUUUUAUUGCACUCUGCCCACUGCAGAAAGAAUAGGAGACUCUACUACCUAUAGUGGGAGCCUUGGCUAUUUGAGUGGUCCAGACCAAGGAGGAUUAUUGACUGGUCCAGAUCAGAUGAUUCUGACUCACCUGGGAGACAGGCUAUCCCAUGUGGUCCUGGCUUGCCAUUUCCUUUUGCCCAGUAGGCAAAAAGGUACUGAUAGCAAAGGCAGGAGCCAGUGCCAACCUCUAAACUUGGCCCCAGCCUCUUUAUUGGCUUGGAGGUUAGUGGGGACAGUUGAGGCUCACCACUGUCAAUAAUAUAUUGCCAAAACAGAUAGAACCAACUAUACCAGCCUGGCCCCAAGAUGGCUGAUGCUCUGUCGUGUUCAGCCCCUCAGGAAAAUAGUAUCUUUCUUGGUAUAUCUCUCCUUCAGGAAAGCCCUUUGACACCACCGCCCCCAUCUCCUAGGCCUUGUAGCCAGCUGGACACUGCUUAGUUUGGACUCAUUACUGCCUGCAAAUUCUUCAGGAAAAGGAUCAAGUAUUUUUGUAAUUUAUACUAAAAAGGGACAAACAGAAACAAAAAGAUCUAGAUCAAAUGCCUACACAAUAUUUUUUUUUAAAUUAGAUCAGAAAGUUAUCUUCCUACAAAAGUAACUAGUCAAAUACUGGAUGGGGCAAGAGAUUUGAGCUGGGUGGUAAAAGCUUAAAGUCUGGUUCAAAAGAGAAGGCCAAUGGAAAGUAAAAGUCAAAUUCUUCCUUCCAUGCCCUCUAAACCUUAAAUGCUAUCCCAGGCCUAAGAACUCUGUUCUCACUAUGUCAGUGAACUCUGAUCCUCUGUUGAUGGCAAUUCUUAGAGGGGUGAAUUGGAAUCUAGUUGAUUUUUUAGUCAAGUGAAUCACUAUUACCAGUUUGCUAAUGUAUUAUUUAGGGGCCAUUUGAUCUCAUUUGUUCUUAAUGUAGUAUAAUUGUAAAAAUUUGUAUAAGGUAGAUAAACUGAGUCUCAAAUGUUUGAAUGACUUGCCUGGGCACCUUACAAGUGUCUGAAAUAAAGAACUAUAAUGGGUCUCUUUCCAAAGACCAAAAUGAAGACAGGACUGAAAAGCCAGGUCCACUUGACCUCUGAAUCAGGACAACCUCAACAGUCCUGCUGACUCCUGAAUACAGUUUGGCUGGACACCAAAAAGAUUUGUAGAAAGAAGUGAUAAUAUGUCCAAGGAGACCACUUCUAAUAGUCAUGGCUCAAUGGAAUGAUACUGUGUAAGAUGGCAGUCCCAGCCACUAGUCUAGAGUAACCUAGAAGCUCAAAGUAAAGCAACGAUGGCACCAAAAUCAGACUCCCCCUGUCCACUCCCUAAGCAAAGCUCCUAAGGGAUCUAUCAUUAGCCACUGGUUGCUUUUGUACCCAUUCUUCUCCCCCAUCCCCCGCUUCCUUGCCAUUGCUGGGAUAAUGCAUGCCAGUCCCAUUAUUUCUAAGAGUAUGUCUGUAGGCAAAUUCAUGACUAGAUGAGUGUAGUGUUGUGGAUAUGUGGGGUUGGGGGGUGGUGGGGUGGGUGGGGCUGUUAAUGAUCGUCUAAAGGAGUUUAGAAUGAAAGCCUGACCUUUGCCUUUCUGUAGAAAUUGUGUUUCCAAAUGCUUUGGUGCAAUGUUUAGCGGCUGUUUAUUAAACUUCUGAAUUGUACUCAGA